AUGCCUCUAACGCCAAUAGAUCUUCCCGAGCGCCAUCCAUGGUCUCUGGAGCCCAUAGUGAGAGCAACUUGUCCGGUCGGUAAUCCAUCAGAUCCCAUGGGUGGGAUGCCUGCCGGAUGGUGUGAUUCCGGGACCGUGUCGUCCCAAUAUACUUGUAAUUUGGGCGUCCCCAGGGCCUCCUAUAAUCCAAUGGCUGGAAUGGACGAUGGGCAUUCAGGCGAUAUUGACGCUCUUGCCGUGUCUGGUCGACCUCCAAUUUAUCAGUCAGCCUUAAAUCUGCACAGUAACCAAGCAGGCUACGACGAAUCUACCACCGGAAGUUCAGGCAAACGAAGCCUGGCACAGAAAUUGAAACACUAA